AAGGGCGCAUAUACGCCUGAGGUUAGAUCUCUUGUGCGAGAGUACGUUGAUGCGGGCUGCGCACAGAGUCGGGUCGGAGGGUUACUGCUGGCUACGGGGAAAGCUUUCGGUGCAGCUGUCUCGCACAGUAUCAGUCGCAAGACUGUUGCACGAGCGGUCAGGGAAGCGGGGAUAGCGUCCGAUAUCCAGCUAGGGAUGGAAAUGACACUCGCGCCCGCUUUGAGUCACAGUGCGGAUGGGACGACGAUCGGCGGGGUUACCCAUGAAUCCCGCCGUGUAACCAUGCUCACACCCAAUUACGACGACCUAUCACUUCCCUUCACACAUAAGAAUCGACUUCUCGGUAUCGAGAAGACACUCUCACACACCGCCGAAGCUCAAUUCACCGGACUCCGUCAACAACUCGACCGUAUCUCUUCUCGCUUCACGAACAGUCCCCUAGCCAAGCGCCUCCAGCUUUCAUUCUCCCCUGAUGACUUCGCUCGCAAACUUCGCGUAGUCCACGGAGAUCACGCUAAGGACGUUAUAAAAUACGCUAGGCUUCUUCAGGAGGACUGGAAAAAAUCAGUCACUCGUCGCGAUCUCGGCUUCGAAAAACUCAGCACUAUUCUACCCUUUCCUGAGCACUGCACGACCUUUCUCUCUGCUGUUUUCGACUUGGCUAUCUCGAACGCUGGAGGUUCGGAUUCUUGGGAUGGGCUUGAUGGAGAGGGGCAGACCGCAUCGCUUAUGGACGCCUUUCUUAGUAUGGUUAGGAAGCUGGGGGACAUUGCAUUCGAGGAGCUGCCGGAGAACGUACAGCACGACCUAGACUGGUCUGUUCGCGUCGGGUGCUGUAUGCACAAGGAGAUGAACUGUGGGAAGGGGUUCUGCGAUGGCAUGGCCGACUCAUGGGAUCGGAUCGAAGGCGCCACGCCUCCCGUUCUUCUUGCCAACAAAGCGAACGCAAACGCUAUCGCUCGCUCAGCUACUGACUCAGACGCUGCUCGGAAAGCUGUGAAGGAAAGCUCUCGUGGUGGACCAAAGUCUACGAUGCUCGCUGGUGCAAUAUACAACAACAAGGGCCCCGACAAAGGCCACCAGGAUAUGUUUCGCAUGUACUGGCUCCCUAUCAAAACAAUCCCCGGCUCGAAACGCUUACCCUCCGUCAACUUCGCCGAUACCAGCGCCAAUCGAUUCCAAACAACCUUCGUUGCCGCCUGCGACCUCAUUGCCUACCUUUCGGAACACAAGACAUAUCUCUACAUGGUUCGUGACCGGAAGGAGAAGCCAAGGUGGAGCCACAUGGAGGCGAACCUUUUCCUUUCCCUCGAAGACGACGCAACUGUAACCGAACUUUGUUGCAUGGCCCUCGCCUACAACUGUAUAUUCGCACCAUACACCCGUCAGGCACGCCGAGAAGGGACCAACCAUCUCGAUCUCAAGAAGCUGCACGAUGAUCUCCUCUCCUUCAUCCGUCGUGCUAUCAGUAACCCUGACCUGCUCAUUAAUUACAGUGCCGCGACUGUUCGCGCCUCUUGGCCCCUUCCCUGGGAGCAUUCGAAAUCUAUCACUGCCCUUCACGAACUCAUGCCCACGCUCCCCUUCUUUCAACCUGUCUUCCUCGCUGGACUUGUUCGCUGCCUCGAGACCUGGGAACGGUUCACUACGGAGUUCGCUGAUGAUGGUCUCAUAGCACGGUCUACGCCUCUUGAGCGCUUCACACCUUCAACGAAUGACGCAAACGAGGGUUCCCUAGGAGAAACUCGCCUCGAAACUGGAGCUCACCCGACACAGACGAUUGAGCUGACUUCUGCCAAGAUAGAGCGCAACCAUAACGGUACAGAAAAGUUCAUGAAGGUCUUCUUUGGUCCAGACGAUCACCGUUCCGUUAUGGCGACUCAGCGUGUAGCGGAGGCUAGCGGUGCCUCUGGAGUAUUUCGCGAUCUGUUCCUAGAUGCAUCGGCGCAAGCUGUAGCUACGAAGCGUGCGGCUGCGGAGAAGAAGGCACGACUACUUGCUGAGAAAAUGGCUCGUCUUGCUGCUGUCGGACUCGUUCUCGACGAAUCCGUUAUCCGAAGGAUGCUAGACGCUCAGCUUCAGGUUCAACUCGAAGUCUAUAGGACCAUCGUGAAGGACACUGAGGUGCCGAUCAAGGCACGACUCAAACGGAAGCCCGAGCGUUUAGAGCAGGUCAUUGCGGCGUUACAGCGCUAUAAA